CCGCCAGUCACGGCACGACCUCGCCGACUGGCACCGGACAAAUUAGCUUUCGCUAAACGUGAGUUUGACAAUUUACUAGCUACUGGUAAUAUUCGUCCUUCUCACAGUCCAUGGGCCUCUCCUAUUCACAUGGUGCGCAAAAAAGAUGGGCUUAGUUGGAGACCAUGCGGCGACUACCGAGCUCUUAACGUAGUUACGCGCUUUGAUAGCUACCCCAUCCCCCACAUACACGACAUCACGGCAUCGCUCAAGGGCACGACUAUCUUUUCCAAGAUCGAUCUGGUACGAGCAUAUCAUCAGAUCCCAGUCGCUCUUGAAGAUAUCGAAAAACUGCUAUCACGACUCCUUUCGGUUUGAUUGAGUUCCUACGAAUGCCAUUUGGAUUACGGAAUGCUGCUCAAACUUUUCAAAGGUUUAUCGAUAGCAUUGUACGAGACCUCGAUUUUGUUCACGUCUAUAUUGAUGACCUGUUAAUCGCACCAUCAAACGUAGAUGAACAUUAUCAACAUCUUACGCUAUUAUUCCAACGCCUUUCGGAUAAUGGAAUAGUAGUUAACCCAGACAAAUGCGAGUUAGGUAAACGAGAAAUAAUAUUUCUGGGUCAUGUUAUCAAGCAAGAGGGUAUUCUACCUUGUGAGGACAAAGUGCAAGCAAUAAAGGAGUACAACGUGCCGUCCUCACUCAAGGAACUGAAGGCUUUUCUCAGUUUGGUUAACUUCUACCGUCGUUUCAUCCCACACGCGGCAGAACGGUUACGACCACUAACCGACUUACUACGCGGCAACCCACGCAGAUUGGAAAUGAACGAUUCUGCACGUACUGCAUUCACUGAAAUCAAAAUGGCUCUUGCGCAAGCCAUUCUUCUCGCCCAUGCCGAUCCAGCAGCCACGCUUAGUAUAGCGGUUGAUGCAUCCGAUGUUGCUAUAGGAGCAGUCAUGCAACAAAAUAUCUCCGGUAGUUGGCAACCCCUCGAGUUUUUCUCACGACGCCUUACUACCACGGAGACGAGAUAUAACGCUUUUGGUCGCGAGCUGCUAGCAGCCUACUGCGCCAUCAAACAUUCUCGGCACGCAGUAGAAGGACGUCAAUUCAUCUUAUUCACCGACCAUAAGCCCCUAACGUAUGUUUUGCAUACCAAGUCUGACCGCUACUCACCACGAGAGUGCAGACAUUUGGACUAUAUCUCCCAGUCCACGAGAGACAUUCGCCACAUCCAAGGCAAGUCGAACUGUGUUGCCGAUGCUCUAUCACGAAUACAAACGAAUGCAGUUACCUUGCCGGUGCUCGAUCUUCCUGCUAUGGCCGCUGCCCAAGCAAACGAUCCCAGUUGUACAAAAGCACCACGCUCUACGUCCCUUCAGUAUCAGGAAGUACCUCUAGCCACGACUUCUGGCACCAUUCUAUGUGAUACUUCUACCGGUCUUCCCCGACCCAUCGUACCCUCUGCUUAUCGCCGUCUCGUAUUCGAUGCCCUGCAUGGAUUAUCUCACCCAGGUAUCGCAGCUACAUUACGUCCCAUCGCUGCACGAUACGUCUGGCCGUCCAUGAAUAAAGAUGUUCGAAUGUGGGCGAAGCAAUGCUUACAAUGUCAACGAUCAAAAGUGCACAGGCACGUAGCUGCCCCCAUUGGCACGUUCGCUACGCCUGAUGCUCGCUUCGAUCACGUUCACUUAGACAUCGUAGGACCACUGCCACCAUCGCAUGGGUAUGAUCACAUACUCACGUGCAUCGACCGCUUCGCCAGAUGGCCCGAAGCUAUACCCAUCACGUCUAUCACGGCGGAGACAGUUGCUCACCGCUUCGUAGAACGAUGGAUAGCUCUAUACGGUUGUCCCUCGACUGUCACGACUGACCGAGUACAACAAUUUGAGUCCGCAUUAUUCUCCUCACUUACUCGGCUGCUUGGUACGGAACGCAUACGCACUACCGCCUACCAUCCAGCUUCAAAUGGUUUAGUCGAAAGGUUUCACCGUCAACUUAAAAGUGCUCUUCGAGCACACGAAAACGACGACUGGCACGAAACCUUACCGCUCGUUCUCUUAGGUAUUCAAACGAGCUUGAAGGCAGAUAUACAAUGUUCCGCCGCUGAACUGGUAUACGGCACGACAUUGCGUCUGCCCGGGGAAUUCUUCACAUCACGGAGCAGACCUGAUUUCGGUAAAUCAGACUACGUCCAUCGACUGUCUGCAUUUAUGCGAACGCUGUCUCCGGUGUCGACUCGAAUACAACAUCGACAGGUCGCUCUCCCUCGAGGGUUAUCUACCUGUUCACAUGUUUUUAUACGAGUAGAUUCGGUACGCAAACCUUGGCAACAACCUUACGAAGGCCCUUUUCACGUGAUCGCUCGUCACGAAAAGACCUUCAAGGUUGAUCGACAUGGCCGCGUCGAGAUCGUCAGCAUUGAUCGUCUCAAACCAGCACACGUCGAUGACAGUGCCCUAUCUGAUAACCUGAGAUUCAAUGCUAGACUUAUCAAACCUAGCGGGAUUCUUAAAUCUUCAGAUCCCACGUUAGAUAUAUCUGGGACCUCAUUCUCACGUCCCGGUCAACAGCACGCGUCAUCUGCACCGUCUACGGACGAGACGAUAGUCUCACGUCCAGAUCAGCAGACCACGCCGCCUCUGACCUCGGAUGAGAUUGCAGGCUCACGCGAUACGAACGAGACUGCCGUCUCACGUUCCGGUCGCCGAGUACGGUUGCCCGUACGCUUCCGCGACUAAUCGCACAGUCAACAACCGAUACGGUGUAGGGUUAUUCCUAUGCUACACGCACGCUACACUCUUCUCUUUUUUGAUUUUCUUUUUGUUUCCUGAGCCCACGCCUUCGACCAUCUCCGUUUGGUUCCGUCGACUUCAGUCAACUUUGGCGAAAGCUGGCCUGAUCACCCAUGCUCUUGUCAACUCACUCAGUCGAUAUUUUGGUUUCGAAUGCUUGGCAUACGCUUGGUCUCGAACAUGGUCGUUACAGUCGCUUCUGGUCUUUUGGCCCAACGUGGUUUCGUCCUACGUCUGCAGCGUUUCUGGUCCGGACCCCUACGAACUCCCUCUUCAGAUUCUGGAUACAAACCACUCUGGUGUAGCAUGCCAACUCAAGCAAUACAUACAGCACAUCGCUCCUGGUAUCGUUCUCCGAAAACGACCUUCGUUGGCAAAUCGACGGUCAACGAUCGCUUUCCUGUUCGCCAGUUCUUCCGUCCUACAAUCGCUCGUCAGCCGAUCAGUCCCACGAUUCAAACCGCUAUUUAUCGAAUGUGUAAACCCUUUCUAGCGGAGGGCUUCUGUAGUGACUCACAUUUAUCACGAGAACACGACUGGUUUAAUAAAAACAAUUAUUAUUAUAACCAACUGUACCAGUGACUGUUUUAGUGUGCUUUUGCUUAACUGUGCUAAUUAUAGCCAUUUUGUGCUUCCAUUACCUUCCAUCAUUGUUCCGCGGUUUUCGGUACUGUUCGCACGUACUCCUGUCUUCUGCUUCCACUUGUACCAUUCCUUGGCACGAUCUCGGUAUUCGUUCAAUACCACGAGAUCGCCAACGAAAUAAAUCUGGUUACGUUCA